UACUACUUACGACUCUCUUCUACCUUUUUUCCUCCUAUUGCCGUCGGUUGAAAUUAAACAAAAAAAAAAAAACAAAAAGACGAUAAAGGUUGAAGAAGAACAAUCAAUCAAUCAAUCAAUUGUCUUCUUCGUCCCCAUGGAAAUCGAGGUCUCGAGCUCGGCUCAUGGUACCGUCGAUUUGGAUAGUAUUCGUGUAAAGCGGAAGACGUUGCAGAAUCUACUCGACGAUUGCCAGAGAGCUCUCGAGCUGCUAAACCUCGCCGAUACUUCUCCCGGCGGAGAUAAAACCGAAACAGGUGGUUCCGGAGAGGAUAAUAGCAACCUCGUUGGCUCAUCGGAGAGGGAAGAAGAAGAGUUUCCAGGAGAUCCUGAAGCCGAUAAAUUCUAUGAUCUUAUCAAGUCUAGAGUUGAAUGUCAUGGCUUUAGGGAGAAGAUAGAGCUAGCUCAAGUUUCACUUGCUGCAGAAGAAGAAGGUAGCUCUUGGGACGUAGUUAGUGAAGAUGAUAUAUUGGGUGUGGUUCAAACGGAAGAUGAUUAUGUUGUUGUUAGAGAAGAAGAUAUAGCUGAUGGUAUUGCUUGUUUCAUGGCUACUUAUUUAUCUUCCCUUAAACAGACUAAGGAUAUAUCACCUGAUCAGCUUCAGAAAGCACUCAGCACCAUGUUUUCAGUGAAGAAGAGAAAGGGGAAGCUUCGUAAAGCAUGGGAAGGAAGUAAAGUUAUUUACAACGUUGCAUCUUGGAGCGCAACUGCGAUAGGGAUCUAUCAAAACCCGGUGAUCCUGAGUAUUGCAUCCAAAGCCUUCUGGGUGUCUUGCAAGGCCAUAUCAAAGCUUGUCUGAAUUGUCUCGCUCACGUGGUGCUCAUAAAGUUACAACACUCUGCAAUGUUUUAUAUCAAUUUAAUUUAUAUUUGUACAUAUGCCUUUUGUUUGAUUCUUAUUCUCUGUGAUGUUUACUCUCAACAUGCAAUGUUAAAAUGAUUAGUUUGAUCUCA